AUGGGUAUCUACAAUCCUUCGGACUCAAAUAACAUCGAGUCUUUGGUGACCAAAGAAGAGAAACCGCUGAACACCUCUGCAUUAAGUACCAUCAAUGACUCAUUUGAGUCAUUGCUGUCUUCGGCAAACAAUUUGACCUCUUCUUCUGUCUCCAAUCUCCUUGAUUGGUCUAGCAAGUAUUUGGGCGAAUCCGGCCACGAUUUCCACGACAACCUUGUCAACGCCGUGGACCAGGUGUUUGAUAUGUUCCCGCUAUUCAACGAUUCUCCGUUUGGAUCAUUUGGUCGCAGAUUCAAAAAUCAGGAGACUCCUUACGGUCUCUGGGCCUAUCCAAUUCCUUCUGCCAAGUUGUACGCCAGAUGCCAGGAGAUGAACGGCCUCUCUGUGUGGGAUGCUAACGGAGCUUGGAGAUGUUUGUUCCCAAGAGCCAGCAUCCCAGACGACUUCGGUUCGGCAUUGGCUAGGGAAGACGUAGAGAGCGACUCGACUCAUCAAAAGGGUUUAUUUUUCCCGCAAUACACGGAUUAUCUUGGCUUCAAAGUUAAGAUGACGGAACUGGCCAACAAGAAGCGCAAGGAAGAAUGGGAGAAGUUCAAAGAAGAGCAGAAGUCUAAGUGGGACUUUUACAAAGACGAUAAGAAAUGGAGCGAUAGCCCUAACUUCACGGGAUCAAGUAGCUCCACCACCAUUCGCACGUUGGACGACGGCGAUGUGGAAAAGGUCACUGUCAUGAAGCAGUUUUUCAGCGACGGAUCCAGCACCAUCAAAGAAACCAAAGAGAUUCUCAACAGUGCUGGUGAGCGCAAAACCAUUGAUGAGAACUGUCAGAAACUUCCAAGCCAGAAGAAAUCAGGCUGGUUUUGGGAUAACGAGAAAUGA